AUCAAAAUAGGUGUUUGUAUGUUUUUUCUAAAACACAAUUUCUCUUAUACCUACGCACGCGGGUUAAAUUACGUUAAACGUAGAAUUAACUUUCGACAGCCUAAUAGCUGAUAUAUAGUUACAAGUUCAUGCAUAGAAGUUAACUUUCACCAAGUCAAGCGAUAAAUUAUAAAUGUAGAUGACCCAGUAGAUAUACACAACCAUAUAAAUGUCAUAAAGAGAUAGGGGAAUGAAAUAAAGUUCAGAAGUUUCAAGGCAGGAAAGAUGGCGGAUUUAAAACAGGUCGCUUGUAGUGCUAUAGAUAAACAGGCCGAAGAUUUGAGUCUCUUGAGCAAGGAGAUCUGGGACCACCCUGAACUAAACUUCAACGAGGUUUACAGCCAUGAUUAUUUAACAAAGUUUUUAGAGGACAGAGGAUUUCCCGUGGAUCGGAAGUACAAAAAUGAGACAGCUUUCCGGGCCGUUCUCGGGGACCACUCUUCCGGUCCUCACGUGGCUGUUCUAUGCGAGUAUGACGCACUUCCGGAAAUUGGACAUGCCUGUGGACAUAAUCUUAUAGCAGAAGUCGGAGUGGCAGCGGGAAUCGGUAUUAAGGCGGCUUUUGAAAAGGCCGGAAAACCACUUGGAAAGUUAUCCGUGAUUGGUACGCCAGGAGAAGAAGGUGGUGGUGGCAAAAUUAUCUUGUUGGAGGAGGGAGUUUUUGACGAUGUUGACGUAGCUAUGAUGUCACAUCCGGCACCAAUUGACGCACUAAACGUCGGCUUUAACGCAAUUAAUACUGUAAGGGUCACUUACAAAGGAAGAGCAUCACACGCUGCGGCGUUUCCAUGGGAAGGCGUCAACGCUCUUGACGCUGCAGUGACCGCAUAUCAAUCCGUGUCAAAUCUGCGUCAACAAAUGAAACCAACAUGGCGGGUUCAUGGAAUAAUUUCAAAGGGCGGGGUUAAGCCCAACAUCAUUCCGGAAGAGGCAGAGUUAGAAUAUUACAUCCGAGCACCAAUCAAAAAGGAAUUAGACGUUCUAACGGAGAAAGUCAUAAACUGUUUCCAUAGUGCUGCCAAGGCAACCGGCUGCACUGUGGAAGUUAAGUUUGAAGUACGACCUUAUCUGGAUGUUAUUCAUAAUAAGUCCCUUCUGAAGACUUAUGAAGAAAAUAUCAAAACAUUCGGACAUUAUGGGACUCUUACGACAUCGGAAUUUCCGGCCGGCGGAUCCACGGACAUGGGGAAUGUAUCUUAUGUAGUCCCAAGCAUACAUCCAAUGUAUUACAUAGGAAGUGAUGCUUUCAACCACACACGAGAAUUCAACACAGCGACAGGUGACCCAGCGGCCCAGCCCUUUACCUUGUCUCAAGGGAAGGCCCUAGCAAUGACCGCCAUUGAUGUUUUCACCAAUCCGGAGCUACUUCAGCGUAUCAAGGUCGAUUUUGCAAAAGACUUACAAACCAGGAAAUAACCGAAUUCGAAAGGGACAAAUUCGACCUCCAACAUCUGUGAAAUAUUACAGGGGGCGGCCUAUGAUUUUCUGUACACAUCAUGAUGUACUAGUAUGUGAUAUUGCCUUUCAUUUUGUACAGCGGUGAUCAAAAAUUCAACAACUGGCAUAAUGGAACAAAAACCAGAAGCUUUUUUUUAUGAAAGAAAAGAAAUCAAUGAAAGAAUUAAUCAGUUUUUGUAUUCAUACACUUUUAAACAUGAUAAUAUUGUUACACUAUUUGAAAAGCAUAUAAUUAUUAUAUGUUUUGG